AUGCCAAAAAGUCGUAUUGGAAUUAAAAAAAAACAUGAAACGUUUAAGAAGAAAAAGUUAAAACCUGGACGUGUUAUUAAAAAAGUUAAUGUUACUGAUACUCGAUUCAAAAGCAAACAGUUAUUAUUGACUGAACAACUUCAAGAAAAAAAUGCAGAAAUGGUUUCAUAUAGAGGUUUAACUUUAGGAGAAUUAUUUAAACAGAUGGGACAUUAUAAUCUAAAUAUCAGAAGGGAUGCUGUUAUUGGUGUAAAAGAAUUAUUGAAAAAUAAUUUAUCUUUAAUGUCAAAAAAUCUCAUGAAUAUUAUUCCUUCUGUUGCUCGGUUAAUAUCAGAUCCAAAAAACGAUUCUGCUAUGCAUUCACAACUAAAGCUUCUUUUUUCAUUAAUUUUUAAGGUCUCUGAAUCACAAAUGAAUCCUCAUUUUUCAUUAUUUGUAUCACAUGCUCUUUGUGGAUUAACUCAUAUUGCAAAACAUGUUAAACUUUUUGCACUUGAUGUUGUAUGUAUGCUGUUUAAGGUUUAUCCUGGUUUAUGUGUUAAAUCUGUUGAUUUAUUUAAUGGUUUCAAACGUUUUGUCUCUUGUGGGAAAAAAAAUAUUAAGGCAGAAACAGUUGCUCCUACAUUUGAACUUUUUAAAGAAGUUUAUAAACCAAAAGUGGAAAAUUUAAAAGAAAUAACAUUUGAAGGUAUAUUAAACUUUGAUGAAAAGACUUGUACAUCAAUAAAUUUGAUAGAACAAAAAAAUCCUUUUGAUUUUCCAAUUUUGGGUUCAGCACUUGUUCUUCGAGAAGUUUAUUAUUACGACUAA